AUGAGGCCUCAACUUCUGCUUAUCUAUGCCGUUCUGGCUGGUGCUGAAACGACUGCAACUGUUGAUCAAUCCCCCCAAGAGCACUUUGGACUACACUCACAGUUCAUCGACGAGCUUGGGGCUACCUAUAACGUUUUUGUCAAGGACUUCCAUGGCACGCAUAAGAUUCAAUACAUCAACUCAACCGACUUUAUCCCCACAAGCCAUUUCGUUCGAUUCGAUCAACACCCAAAUCUAGACGAGAGAAACGUUUGCCGCAAAGUCGCUGAUUGCAUUGGUAACAGCACGGACAGUGCGGCGACUUGGUUAGAGGCUAAAGCAGCACCGACCGGUCAAAUGUGCGGUAGCGUGGCGACCACCCUGUGGAAUUAUCUCAAAGCUGAUGACUACGCGGUGGUCAAGAACUUGGCUUGGACAGCUGGCUCGGGAAUUGCCCUGAAUGUCAUCGGUAACAUUCCAAACUACUAUAUCAACGCGCUUCUGGCGAAGCAAAGUGCGUCUGGCGACCCUUCUGAUUCAUGCGGUCAAAAUGCUGAUUCCACAUAUGCUUCAGACGCUGCCAGUUCAGUUUAUGAGUUCUGCCUGUCAAUCCAGACUGAGAAAAUGGAAAACACAGCUACGCGAUUUGACGCUAUGGACUCUAGGAGUUCGUCCACCUGGCCUGCUGGCGUGCAAGGAAUGGCCAAGUACUUUAUCUCCCAGCAGGCUGAAACUUGGGCGCCGAUUUGCGCAGCUUAUGGCAUCACUUGGAAACGCGACAUGCUUCUGCGUUUCAAGACAUUAGCUGCUUCUUGGUUUGCACCAUGGUGA